CUUUCAAGCUCGCGGAACUCCUAAAUCUUCACCCUGAUUUCUUAAUCCGAACCGAAACCGUUUCUAUUCUUCUUAACAUUUUCAAAGAAUCCGAUAAAUUGAACUCCACCACGAUGCUUAUAUCACUUAAAGAGCCUCUUCUCAAUUCACUCAUGAUUGAAUCCAACAAAUCGAUACUCCGUCCUCUCUGCGAAAUAAUCGGUCUCGUUGCUGCUAGGCUGUAUCAACUUUCUCUCGGCGGUUGGUUAGAGCUUCGUCAGUAUGUCUGUGAUUGCUUCUCCGGAACUACGAAGCUGAAUCAUAUGAAAGCGCUCAUAAUGUUAGCGAAACUUCCAGAAGAAGUUGUUGAAAACAGGGAAUUCUGGUUAGGUUAUGGGUAUUAUGAUGUUCUCUUUAAGAAUUUGUUGAAUUUUGUUAACUCGCUGGAUCAGGAAUUGCGUGAGUUAACGUUUAAUGCUUCGUUGGUUGUUAUUAAGAUGUCGAGGGGUUUAGAGAGAACCGACGUUUGUGAUUCUCUCUUGAGGAAAUUGCGCGAGUUAACGUUUAAUGCUUCGUUGAUUGAUCUUCAGUAUGGAGGAGAAGAUGAUCUGCUUGAUGUGGAUUUGUUGCAUAUGGUUAAGUGCUUAGGGGAUUUGGUAAGGCUUCACAUCGAAGAAACCUUUAAUGGUAAAGAAGGUGAUGUGUUUUGGUGUAUGCUUCGAAUUGUGGAGAGAAAAGAUGCGAGCGAUGAGUUAAAGUGCGCUGCAGUUAUUGUUAUCAAGGAGCUUGAUGAAACGAAUUCUGAUGCAAUGGAGAGUGUGAUAAAAAAAAUUGGGAAUGAGGAAAUGAGGAGAGUAAUUUCUGUUGCUAUGGAUAUGAUGUCAUGUGUUGUGGAUGAUCCUGUUUGGUAUGAUAUUGAUAAUAAGAUUUGUGAAUAUGCGGGGUUGACAGAGAAUUAUAACCGUGGAAAGUUUUUGCUCAAUUUGCUAUCUUGUGAUGGAAAUGAAUGCGUGUUCGUUCCUGUUGCAAUUGAGAUGAUGGAAAAUAAAUAUGCAAUUCAUUGUGAUUGGCAGAUACGUUAUGCAGCAAUGCUUACCAUUGCCGCAAUUGCUGAGAGGAACUUCAAAGGGGACAUGAUUCUGUACAUUGAUCGAGCCGUGACCCUUGUCCAUAAGUCGCUGAAUGAUAGGAAUCAUCGAGUACUUUGGGCUACUAUGCAUGCAAUUAAGUGUUUGAGUGAAUACAAGGAAAUAUUAAAGUUUUGCAAUUAUCAUCUCAAAUUCUUGAAUAAACUAGUUGGCAUCAUUAAAAUUAGCCGUUGUCUGCGUGUACAGGUAUAUGCUGUUAUUGCCAUUCAUUUCUUGGUUUCAAAUUGUGGCUUAGAGAAAAUAAAUGCUGUUGGGGAAGAUAUUGUAGUAUUAUUGCUUAAACUUCUCAAGCAUGAAAAGCAGAAGUUACAAGAAGAAAUUAUUGAAACUCUAACAUCAGUUGCAGUUCUAAUGCAGGUAACUUUUUGUCAAAAUCAUUGCGGUAAAUUCAAAGAACAUGAAGUUCUUGUGAUUGUGAAAUCUCUUACAUCAAUCGAAGGAAAAGUAAGCAAUACAGACCACUUAGCAUGAUAUGUCAUCUUAAAGGCACUGUAUCAUUUCUGUGAGUGUCAAACAGUGAAUAUUGACAAAUUUAUCAAUCAAAUUAUGCCGAUGUUGCUUAGAUAUGCUCAACUUGAUCUUGACUUAACAACCAGUAUGCCCAUGGAUUUGAG